AUGCCUGGAUGGACUGAUUUGUCACACGAAACCAAGACCGAAAUCGUGAAUCGAUUGGAUUUGAUGAGUCGGUGAGUGGUCCCAGCGAUCGAAAAAAAAGAAACUGAAAGUUUUCCUCCAGAAAUGCUCUGAAAUCGUGUGCUCGCGCCGAAAGAGCUCUGGUCGACGGGACCGACCUGUUUUUGCCACGUGUCCGAUUCGUUUUCCAAGGCGAUGCCGCACUGAUUGCGGCCUACUCGAGCAUCGAUCGCUUUUUGAGAUUAGAGUUCUGGAAAGACAAGGAGAAAAAUGUCGUUAUUCACAGGUUUCGGGGGUUUCUAUCAAUUGGCUAUGCAAACGCGCUCCGCUGCACUCAGCGCUUGUUCUAAAUGUACGUUUUUACUGUUGAAAAAAAAAAGUUUCGACAUUAGAAUCGAAGCUGGCAGCGUGCCAAGGCCCGGCCUCCCAAACGCAUAUGCUGCGCGGGGUUGUUGCAACAUUGCCGCACGCUUUAUUGUUCUUCGUUUUUGUCUUUAUUUUUCGGCUAAAAAUCAGCAGAAAUUUGGUUAUUCUCCUUUUUUUCUCGUAUUUAUUCAUUUCAAUUGUCUUUUGCUAUAAAAAAUCAACUUUGAAAACAGGUUUAUCGAUUUUUAGCUUGAAUUUUCGAACAUUUCUCGAUUUCUGUUUUUCUCCUUUCGAUUUCGCUGAAUUUGAGAAUUUUCAGGAUUUCCACCUACGGAAAACUCGAACAAGCAACAAAAGGGCAUGGAUUUCUUCUUUUCGUGUUAGUUUUUGACAUAACAACAAUUUUCUCUCCGAUCAGCGUUUACAGAGCGUCUUCUCCACUCCGCCGUCAGCACACAAGUGAAAGUUGAAGAAGCAUCUCCCGCUGCAGCGGACAGUAUGAAUUGGCACUAAUACCAAUUAUUUUAGAUGUAUUUAUUACGUUUUACAAUAAAUUAAAUGACAAGAAAAGUGAAAGAAUUUUAUUAUCAGUGAUAUUCUAUUUUCUUCUCCUUUUUUCCGGAUUGAAGCGUCCACGGACUCUGAAAUUACGGUUGGAGAGAAAAUAAUCUCGUUCUUCUUCAAGCUAACACGACAGCUUUUUGUAUUCCGUUGUGUGCUGACGGCGGAGUGGAGAAGACGCUCUGUAAACGCUGAUCGGAGAGAAAAUUGUUGUUAUGUCAAAAACUAACACGAAAAGAAGAAGUCCAUGCCCUUUUGUUGCUUGUUCGAGUUUUCCGUAGGUGGAAAUCCUGAAAAUUCUCAAAUUCAGCGAAAUCGAAAGGAGAAAAACAGAAAUCGAGAAAUGUUCGAAAAUUCAAGCUAAAAAUCGAUAAACCUGUUUUCAAAGUUGAUUUUUUAUAGCAAAAGACAAUUGAAAUGAAUAAAUACGAGUAAAAAAGGAGAAUAACCAAAUUUCUGCUGAUUUUUAGCCGAAAAAUAAAGACAAAAACGAAGAACAAUAAAGCGUGCGGCAAUGUUGCAACAACCCCGCGCAGCAUAUGCGUUUGGGAGGCCGGGCCUUGGCACGCUGCCAGCUUCGAUUCUAAUGUCGAAACUUUUUUUUUUCAACAGUAGUACAAGAAAAUGUGAAAUUUCAAGCAAAAACCAGAAGCAUGUUAAAAAAGGUAAGUGCUGAGUGCAGCGGAUGCGCGGUUGCUUUUCCGAACGGGUAGAAAUCACAAAAACUUUCUAUUUUUCAGAUCGGAAAACGAUUUCAACAUGAAGCCGAGCGCCCGGAUUCCGAACGGAGACAUCCUCGAAUCGGCCGUCUCCGUCCUCAAAUCCCUUUUCGCCCACAAAAACAUUUUUCUGGGAGGACUCGAAAUGGAGCUGCCGGACGUGAGAAACUAUGAAAAAUGGGGGCACGACAUCAUGAGACAACUGGUUGGCUACCGUUUCCGAGCCAGAAAAGUGAUAUUCAACUGGAGGAAUUUUGGUGAAGACUUCCUCUUCAACGCAUUGUGCGUGCGCGAGGAUUUGGAGGAACGGGCAAGAAUCGGAAUGGAAAUCGGCACGUACGGCAUCGAAAAAGGCUACUACUACGUGCUCGACUCUUUCGAAUUCUGUAAUGCCGACGCGAAACCGGCCUGUGAGUUUAUCGCCUUUUAUUUAACAAUUUUGGACAACUUUUUCUCGGAAAAACUAAUUUUUCAUAUUUUUUACUCGGAACAUUUCAGUCUCCUCGACGAUCGUAAUGUCCGAAUCGGAGAACAACGUGAACUUCGCGAUUGCGGCGUUGGCGUUCGCCCGAAAAAUGGGAUACGCGCGAGUGCGCUCGAAAAUUAUCAAAGCCAACUUUCCGAAGCCCAAUGUGAAGUGAGUCGGUUCCCUCGUGUUUCAGAAAUCGGUUUUCUUUCCAGAGGUCACAAAGACGUGAAAAUCCUGCGAACGGAUUCGGUGGUCGCGGGCGUGUCCCUGUACGUGUGCACUUCUGCGUGUGGAAUGUGGGUCUACGCGGUGCGCGACGAUGCUCAACAUCUUUUCAUCGAAACGUUCAAGUCUGUGCGGUGCGGUCUCGGGUGGCUGUGCAAGAAGUGCUCGGAUCCGUUCGAAUUCGCCUACCAUCGGGACCUGGCCCGUCGUUCCGUCCACGAGCCCCACUUCACCGGAAUCAUGAUUCCGCCCAUCACUGCCAGUCACGCCGACUUCAUGAAAGACGUUAAGAAACUGGGAGAAGCCUACGUCAAACUCGACAAAUCGAGGGAGAAGAAGGUCCCUGAAAGUCACCAAAAUCAUCAAAAAAACAAGCAAAACUGCCCCAGGAAAGCCUCGCUUCGGUGCCAGUGAAAAGUUCCACUUUCCUGGCAGUGAAAAGUUCCUCGUCGAUCCGUGUUUCCCUCUUGAUCUCCAUCCAAAUGUUCUUCUUCUUCCUCUGGUACAACUCGUUCUCCUCGCUCCUUCUCAAUUGGGUUUUCGCCAAUUUCACCGCUGGAAUCCUCUUGUUUUUCUAUUACUGA